AUGCUUUCUUUUAAAAUAAACCAUUUUUGGUCCAUUUACCAAAGCUGGGUGCAAACAGAAUCUGAUUCCAAAGAGGCCAUAUCUUGCCUUAAUCGUUCAAUCCCACUGGGUAGGUGGCAGCUCUAUUCAAUUCUAUGUAGUAUCAAAAACUCUUGCUCUACCUUUCGGGAUUGUAACUGGUCAUGGGUCCCUAGGACCGCAAACUUGGCAGCCGAUCACUUAGCCAAGUUAGCUAUGUCGAGGAUGAGCUUCUCUAUUUGGGUCAACGGACCCCCAUCCUCCUUGAUUGGAAUCUUGGACAAAGAUGGUCUUCCUAAUCCCCCAAUUCGUAGCGCUUAA